AUGGCUCCUACUCCCAAGAUCAACUCGAAAAACCUGUCGUACGACAAUGCAGCACCGCCAUUUCUCGCGGCUCUACGCGCCCAAGCUGCUGGCGCAACUGGUCCCGAUCCACUCCUCGCUGCGCAACGGAGAUCAGCCAAGAAGCGCUCCAGCAGUGAGGAAGCUGAAGAUGUGCCGCUAGUCGUGGACGAAGACGGCAACGUCGUGAGUCUCGAGGUCGACAAGGACGGCAUUGUCAAAGAUGCCGGAGAUUACGACACGGAGCCUGCGGCUUUGAAAGAAGCUGCCAAAGAGCCCGAAAACAAAGCUGCUAUUGGAGGAAGAAAGCGCAAGGUUGGAAAAGUUGUUGGUGGUGAUUCUGAUGAGGCUAAGGCUGAAGGUGACGGGGAGGAUAAGAAGACGAAGAAAGACGUUUCUGAUAAAGAUGCCGCCAAGAAUCGCAAGCCGAAGAAGAAGGCCAAGAAGAUUAAGUUGAGCUUUGAUGAAGAUGAAGGUUGA